GAGAGUUUAUUCAGAUCAAUAUGGUUACGUGUAUACAAUAUUAAUAUUCCAAUAACAUUAAUAUAAUAUUAUUCCAAUUUAAUCAGGAUGUGGACAUUAAUUAGAAUGAAAUAAUUCGACAGUUAGAUUUUAAUUUAGAAUAUACAGCAAUGUUUGUUUGUGUUUGGAGAGCAUAUAGGUGAGCAGCGAUGAAGCAGGUAAAUACAGGUGUAGAUGGACUUCCGUCUUUGGGCCAUUCAUUUACACGUUCACUUCUACCAAUACAUGUUCAAAGUAAACCAGGCUAAUAAGAUUCAUAGUGGGAGGGUAGAAAGCCGUGUAGCCUAUCUACCAUUCAGACGCGCACUCCAACCAGAAGCCAGAUAAAGAAAGCGGAGAAAACAGCCAGUAAUGGGCAUCCACACACAAGCACGCAUGUAGGUGUGGUGUAAAGAACAAGAGUUGUGUCUGAAUGGAGUUGAGCCCAGUGUAAUUUCAGGUCAUGGAUAAAGCGAAACUAGCGCAGCUGAGAUCAGCGAUAGGGAAUGUAGGGGACGCGUUAGUCAUCGUGAGCCUCGGCGCCGACACCGGUGCUUUUAGAGUCUGUUUUUCGUCGUCGUGAUGGUUUAGUGAUGAAGAAUUUCGAGACGCACAGGACGCCGUAUCUUCACACCCUAGUGCACUUGUUUCUUUUACUGACUUCCACUGAUCGGUUUGGGUGAGACGGACUCAAACAUGGAUACGCCGAGGGAAACCAGGAAACAAACAAUCAAAGCCAAAUCAACCAAGCGCAAGAAUAAGAAGCACAAGUCCCAGAAGCUGUUCAGAAGGAAAUCGUUGAAAUCGCUGGGAAAUUUUAUGAGUAGGAUUGUCAAAACUUUGGGCACUUUAGCACACUUGGGGGACGCGGACCAGCCGGACGCGGCGGAGGAUGAUGAUGGAGGGUUUGGGGACACUCUGAGCGCCCACAACUCUGGAAAUUACAGAGAGAACUCGACGAGGAAGACAGCUGCGCCCUCAUCUUCUUAUGGAUCUGUGAAAGAAAGACUGUCGUGGUGCUACGGCGAGAAAACUCCGGGAGUUCAGGGUCUGAAGAAUCACGGAAACACCUGUUUCAUGAACGCCGUGGUGCAGUGCCUGAGUAACACGGAACUUCUGGCAGAGUAUUUGGGUCUGGAGCAGUAUAAAUGUGAAUUAUAUGAGCGGAGGAUCAACGGGAUGAUGAAGAGUGAGGAGGUCAGGGGGGAGGUGACAGAGAAGCUGGCAUCGCUAGUGAGGGCGCUCUGGACGCUCGAUUACACGCCUCAGCUGUCGGUGGAAUUUAAGAGUGCUGUGUCCAAGUAUGGCUCUCAGUUCAAGGGGAACGCUCAACACGAUGCUUUGGAGUUUCUGCUCUGGCUCCUGGACCGUGUGCAUGAGGAUGCCAACCUCUCCACCAACAACAACCACAGCAGCAGAACCAAAUCAUCCAGCAAGGGUUCUGUGGAAUUGGAGGAGAGUUCAUGCCCCGGCCCAGCAAACUCACAGCAGCCUGGAACUCGACACAGUUUCGUUCAGGAGCACUUCCAAGCUCAGUACAGGUCCUCACUGACGUGCCCUCAUUGCCUUAAACAGAGCAACACCUUUGACCCUUUCCUGUGUAUUUCACUUCCAAUCCCACUGCGACAGACCAGGGCCCUGAAUGUGACUCUGGUGUUCAACAAUGAAGGUCAGCGCUUUCUGAGAGUAGGGUUGGCUGUGCCUCUCUUUGGGUCUGUCUCAACACUCAGGGCCAUGGUAGCAGAGGAGGGCAAGAUCUCUCCGGACCAGGUGAUUUUGACAGAGAUUAACUCAAAUGGGUUCCAGCGCUCUUUCUCUGAUGAAGAUGAUAUGACGAGUAUCUCAGAGAGUGAUGUCAUCUACGCCUUCCAGGCUCCACCCCUGUUCACCAGAGGAGGCUCCAUGCGAUUCUCAGGAUUCCAUCACUCCCUCCCUUCCUCCCCACACACUGCAGAGCACGAAGGUCACAGGUUACCACCCUCAGGGACGUUGUCAUCAGAAUUCUUGAAUCAGGGUGGUUCUUCAAAGAUCCUCCUGUUACUCUGCAAUGUUGCUGGAUCUGGCCAACAAGCUACAAGGUUUGGACCUCCGCUCCUGAUGAGAGUAGAAAGGACUCUUUCUUGGGACCAUCUGCAACAGAGUAUCUGCAAUAAGCUUUACUCGUUUCAAAAAAAUACGAUCGUAAAGACUACUGAACUGUUUAAGAUGCGUGUGGUGGGUGGGUCGGCUUCCUGCAGUUACCUGUCUCCCCACGACAGUAGACCUCUGUGCCAUCCAACUGUGGACAGGGCCCUGAAGUUCUGUGGUCCUGGUGGUCCUCUGCAUGUGAAGCUCGUAAUUGAAUGGGAGAACAGAAUAAAAGAAUGUCUCUUUGGUAACAUUCAAGAGGAAGUUAUUGAGGACGCAGAGAGUGUGAGACUCCAGCAGCAGAAUCAUGUACAGCAGCACAGCUGCACUCUGGAUGAGUGUUUUCAGCUUUACACCAAAGAGGAGCAGCUGGCACCAGACGAUGCAUGGAAGUGCCCUCACUGCAAGCAGAUGCAGCAGGGGAUGGUGAAGAUGAGCUUGUGGACCCUGCCUGACAUCCUCAUUCUGCACCUGAAGCGUUUUCGGCAGGUGGGCAAACGGCGAAACAAGCUGUCCACCCUCAUCCGCUUCCCUGUGAGCGCUCUGGAUAUGACACCCCAUGUGGUGAAACGCAGUCAGAGCAUGAAGAAUCUGGCCCCUUUGCCUUCAACUUGGAAACAUGGGGAUACUGACUUCCUUUACGACCUGUAUGCAGUCUGCAACCACCACGGAGGCAUGCAUGGAGGCCAUUACACAGCCUAUUGUAGGAACUCCGUGGACGGCUACUGGUACAGUUAUGACGAUAGCAGCGUGGAGCUUGUGCCAGAGGAGGAGCUGUGCACACGAGGGGCAUAUAUCCUGUUCUACCAGAGAAGAAAUGUCAUCCCUCCUUGGUCUGCCAACAGCUCAGUCAGAGGUUCCACUAGCUCCUCCAUGUCAGACCACUGGCUCAUACGUUUAAAUGGUGACAGUAAAAGAGGAAGUAUGGUAUCAAGGUCUUCCACAACAUGUCCUUCUUCCAUCCCAGACUCCCCAGAGUCUCCCGUUUUUCAAAAUGAGCCCUCAAUUGAGAAGAGAGUGUCUUUAGGUGGGUUCGAAAGCAGACCUUUCGUGCGAGGAAUCCAAGGGCGUAGCGUAAGCAUGAAAAGUCCCACCAAGACCAGAGUGCUCCCACUGCGAUGGUCCUUUGGAAACAAAGACCGCCACAAACCUGCCUCAGCUCCUGACCCGGCUCCUGCAGAGCUAGUGGAGUAUUUAGAGUCUGGGAGGAGGCCAAGAUGCACCAAAGACCCCAUUGUUGCCCUAAUGACUCGACCUUCAGAUAAAGAAGUCAGUAAAGAAGACGAUACGAAAAAACCUGCAGCCAAAUCUUCAAGCCACAGCAGCCUCGAACCUCUGGAGUAUCUCAAAAUACCACAGGGUCAAGAAAGAAGUAGCUCAGAGAAAGCAACAGGCCAACAGCCCAGCAGCAACAGUAGACCAAGGGAAGAUGGGACUUUGACUAGACGGAGCAGCAGAAAAUCAAAACAGGAACAAUCGCAGUCCAGAAAGAGCUCUAGUGCAGGGAUGCAAUCCAGUUCCACUGGUCCAAGUGGCUGGGAAACCACACAGAGGAGUGACCCAGGCAAGGAGCGAGACCAACCAGAGGAGAAACAGAGAAAGGGACAGGAGACAAAACGUCAUGAUAGUGUCUUCGCAUUCCUCAAAGGUGGUUUCAUGAAGAAGGACUCACUACGGAGGUCUCGAGACAAUGAACCUGUGAAAGUGGGUGAUACGGGGGUGAAGAGCCCAUCUGGAGUUUCGCUCUCCAAUGGGACACACAAUAGAUCUUCAGAAGCUAAAGCCAAUAGCAAUAACCUAGGUCGUAGCAGACUCAGUGGUGAACUUGCGAAUGGCAAGGUGAGUCGUGGGUCAUCAGACAUCAAACGGUCACAAAGUUCUUCCAAUAUUCAAAGCAAGGCUGAUCUAGGCUUAAGAAGAACAGCAUCUCUACACAGAAAUGGCACAUCGGUGGCCCAGCCACAGAGCGCGCACGGGGACAGAGGCCCUCAGAACACUCUGCAACGCACACGCUACAGCACAAAUUCACUGGGAAGAAAGAAGGCAGUGCCUGAAUCAAGCUUUUGAGACUUCACUACACCCAAAUAUCACAACAGGGUAGCAAAUAUCUAAAAGCCCAAGUAAGAAUUGUGGUAUGAAAGGUACGUUUUAAAUUAUCACUAAAACCUGGCAGCACACAAAUUAUGAAGUUGCACAUACAUUUGGAACUAGUGGAUGAUAAUUUUGUUCACUUGUUUCUGCUUAUAUGAAGUGCCUCUGAACCAGAGCUAUUUUUCAGAUUGUGUUUUGCCACUAGAUGUACAUUACACACUGGCCUCUACACCAUGCUUUUGAAUUGAAAAAUGAUUUGCCUCAGAUUUGAUUUUCUUGAAUAGAUUUAUCACCCAUAAUACAUGAAGGAAAUAGCUAUAUAUAAUUUUUCAGUUUCAUGUCUUAUGAUUCUACAGAUUGUACUGACUGGCUGCUAACCUCUCAUGGGUUUUCAUGACAUUUAACAAAGAUGUCAGUUCUUGCACUUUCAGUGAAUUUAUUGCACCAUCUGAUUUAGUCAUGAUUUCAGACUAAAACAAAGUUUAUUAAUUUUUACUCUCUUUUAUUUUUGUUACAUUUACACUCUGCAAAACAACUCUUAAUGAGUAUUGUUGUCUUGUUUUCCAGUAAACUGUCAUAUGACUUCAGAAUAUAGUAACCAUCACUAAAACAAGAAAACUUUACCGAAGUAAACAUUUGCUGAAUUGAGUAUAAUUUUCUUAACACCUUGUUUUAAUCAUGAACCUAAUUCUCAUCAGUUUUAUACUUACAAUAGGCAAAUUGCAGGUUUGAUAUGAAUGCACUUCAUUUAAUAAGUAUUGCCCUGAUAUUUACCUUGUUUCAAUGAUUUAGAUAUUUUAACUGCACAAGACCAAAAUACUGAUUAAGAAAGUGAUUUUUCCAGUGCAGAGUUUAAAGUUUUUUUAAUCAAUGCAGUAAACAUUAAGACAUUGACAAAUUAAUAUUAUAAAAUUAUUUUAAAAAUAUAUAAAAUCACUGAAAACUAUAAUGUGUGCUUUAGGUGUUCUGUCACACAUAAGGAUGGCAUGUUGGCGACACAUUGUAUGAGACAUAACUUAAAGAAUAGUACACCCUGAAAUGAAAUGUUCCAAACACAUUUUCCUUUUUUUUUAUUUUUUAUUUUUCCAUCAAUAGACCACAAAAGGAGACAUUAGGCAGGAUGUUCAUGGUGCUCUUUUCCAUUUAAAAAAAAAAAAAAGUGAAUGGUGGCCAGCAACUGUCAAGCUCAAAAAUGACCAAAAAAAAAAAAAAAAAACCCCACAAACUCUUAUGAAUACUACUGUAUCAUAUCUGAUACAUGAUUCUCUAAACUAUCAACCAAAUCAAAACUGAAAAACCUUCUACAUGCUUUAUGCCCUCUGAUGGAUAGUUCCUUUUAGUAAUUGUAAAAAUGUCCACCAGUUUGUGUACACAUGUCUUUUUGCUGUGAAAUCUUUAAUUAAGUUUUUUUAAAGUAAAUGUAAGAUUUACUGGGUUGAAGCAACCCAGUAAUAAUAAUAAUAAUAAUAAUUAUUAUUAUUAUUAUUAUUAUUAUUAUUAUUAUUAUUAUUAAUGUGUGAGCAUGGAUGAGAAGGAGCAAGAAUCCAAAUGCAUGCACAAGUUUAUUUGAAAAAACACAAAUACAGAUAAUACAAUCCAGGAACAAGAGUACAGUCCACACAUCAGGAACUUAUAGUCCACACAGAGAAGGCAGAAGAGCAACAACAAUGAACACCCUCGACAAAAACAACAGGAACAGGAGUUUAAAUACACAGGUUAAAAAGGGGUUGGAGGGACAGGUGUAGGCAUGCAUUUCAUGUAUAUAUAUAUAUAUAUAUAUAUAUAUAUACAGUGGGUACGGAAAGUAUUCAGACCCCCUUAAAUUU